GACGACUGCACGUAAUACCACCAGCUGCGAAGGACCCUCCCGACCUUGCCGGACCACCACGACACCAAUACCGGCUGGCGCUGAGCUACUGGAGGACGACUCGGCGGCGUCAAUUCGUUUGGCAACCGCAUUUUGGGUAGCAAGGCAUCCGUGUAUAACUCGACACAGUUAGUCGUCAUACGACCAAGUGCGUGGGGUUCUGGCUCGACCCGACCACCCCAUCGAGUCAUCAUCUCGUCGCCACCUCGCAACUCCUAUUUCCUGCCUCCUCCCACCUACGGCCCGCCCAUCGCACACAUCACGGCCUCACCCAAAGCAUGACUACAUUAUUACGGCCGGCGUCGCGCCAGGCCGCCCGCCUGGCGUUCACCUCCCUGCGCACAACUUCCACAAUCAGCGUGAGGCGCGCCAGAUUACCAAGGAUAUCGCCGUCAUCCUCAUCCGCAGCAUACCUCCUGCCUCGCCCACGUUUCUACUCGACCGGCCCGCCACCGCCCGAGAAGCCAAAGGAUGACGUCAAGGACGAGAAUAAGAACGAGAACCUAAAUGCCGGGGAGACCGCGCCUGGCGAGUCAAAAGAGCCUCCAAAGCUGCCUGACGGCUGGGUAUGGUUGAAUGAGGAAGACUUGGCGACGCUGAAAAAGAUGGGCGACAUGGUACCUGCGAAGCAUAGGGAGACGUUCGCCGAAGUGGAAGCCGAGGUCAGGACUGGUGGAGCCCCUCAGGAGCUCAAGGAUCUCUUGGCCAAGGGGCGAACAACCGGGCUUAGCAUCGCAGACUCUAUGAAGGUCAUCAAGAUAGCCCACAAACUAGCGGAAAGGAUGGCUCAGAAAUCCAGUGGCAUCGACUCCGACGACUCGCCAUUUUUCAACCAAAAUGAAGGCCAACGCAGCCAGCAGAACAACCAAAAUCAGCAGCAGGGUCAGGGCCAGAACCAGAACCCCAAGAACGGCAAGGGCCAACCCAAGAGCUUUGACGGAGGUGAUAUGCUGGCUUGGGUAGUGACAGCCGCGCUCUUCUAUCCUCUCUGGAGCGUGAUCUUCCCGAGCGAAUCUAGAGACAUCAGCUGGCAGGAGCUUCGCAAGAACUAUCUGGACAAGGGGCUUGUCGAAAGGCUCGUUGUCUACAACGGCAGCAGGGUCAGGGUGGAUCUGAACCAGGAGGCUACCCGGUCCAUGUACCCCGACAGCGUCGCAGCGAACCCCGGCUUCCACUUCUACGUGUCAAUUGGCUCCGUCGAGACGUUCGAGAGGCACCUGGACGAGGCCCAAACGGAACUCGGCAUUCCAGCUCCCGAGAGGAUACCCGUGACGUACGCGGCAGAAGGCCAGCUCGCCAACCUGCUGCUAGCAUUCGGCCCCACACUGCUCAUCGUCGGCCUGAUCUAUUAUACCAUGAGGAGAGGUCCUGGCGGUGGUGGUGGUGCUGGAGGCGGUAUGUUCGGCUUCGGCAAGAGCAAGGCCAAGAUGUACAACCACGAGUCGGCCGUCAAGGUCAAGUUCGCCGAUAUUGCCGGUAUGGACGAAGCAAAGGUCGAGAUCAUGGAGUUCGUCUCUUUCCUGAAGAAGCCGGAGCGAUUCCAGAGGCUGGGCGCAAAGAUCCCUCGCGGUGCCAUCUUGUCUGGUCCACCCGGAACCGGUAAGACGCUGCUCGCAAAGGCCACUGCCGGUGAAUCAGGUGUGCCUUUCUUCAGCGUCAGUGGAUCUGAGUUCGUGGAAAUGUUUGUCGGUGUCGGUGCCUCAAGAGUGCGGGAUCUGUUCGCGCAAGCGCGCAAGAACGCCCCUUGUAUUGUUUUCAUCGACGAGAUUGACGCCAUUGGCCGUUCUCGUGGCGACGGCAACCGUAACUUCGGUGGCAACGAGGAGCGAGAGGCAACCCUGAACCAGAUUCUCACGGAAAUGGACGGCUUCAACACACAGGAGCAGGUCGUGGUCCUCGCGGGUACGAAUAGGCCGGACGUUCUCGACAAAGCCUUGAUGCGACCUGGUCGUUUCGACAGGCAGAUCUAUAUCGAUAGGCCCACGAUGAAGGGUCGUGCGGAUAUCUUCAAGGUCCACCUUGCCAACGUCGUCACCAAAGAAGAUAUGGAGCAUCUUUCCGGAAGGCUCGCUGCUCUGACACCAGGCUUCUCUGGCGCUGACAUCGCCAACGCCGUCAAUGAAGCCGCCCUCGUCGCCGCAAGAGCAAAUGCCGAAAGCAUCGAGAUGACCCAUUUCGAGCAGGCUAUCGAGCGUACCAUCGGAGGUCUGGAGCGAAAGUCACUGGUUCUCGGCCCCGAGGAGAAGAAGACAGUGGCAUAUCACGAAGCAGGACACGCUAUCUGCGGCUGGUACUUCGAAUAUGCCGACCCCCUGCUUAAAGUGUCCAUUAUUCCCCGCGGUCAGGGUGCCCUCGGUUACGCACAAUACCUGCCCACAGGAGACGCCUACCUGAUGAACACCAAGCAAUUAAUGGACCGCAUGGCUAUGACCCUGGGCGGCCGCAUUUCGGAGGAGCUCAACUUCACCACCGUCACGACUGGCGCGAGCGACGACUUCAAGAAGGUGACGGCGAUGGCCACCAACAUGGUAACGCGGUGGGGCAUGUCGGAUAAGCUGGGCCCGAUCCAUUUCGACCAGGACCAGAACCAGUUCAACAAGCCAUUCGCGGAGAACACGGCGCAGCAGAUCGACGCCGAGGUCAAGCGCAUCGUGGACGCCGCGUACAAGCAGUGCAAGGACCUGCUGACGGAGAAGAAGAAGGAGGUCGGCAUCGUGGCGGAGGAGCUGCUGAAGCGCGAGAUGCUCACCCGUGACGACAUGGUGAGGCUGCUGGGACCCCGCCCCUUCAAGGACAAGGAGGAGUUCACCAAGUACUUUGACGGGACCAAGAGCGCGCCACCACCACCGCCGUCCGAGGGUGGCGUCGGAACCCUAGACGACCCACCAACCCCGUCACCCGCCUUCCAGCGUUGGCAAUGAGUGCUUUCUUUUUCUUCUCCUGGGAGCGAAAGGGACUACUAUUGUCAAUCACUCACCACUCUACUCUACUCUUUUAAGACACGGCCCGAGCGUCCUCCCGGGCCACAAAAGCGCCUCCGGAAUGUGUCAUGGGAUGGAUAAUAGCACCUGGGUUGCUUGGAUUUGUACAAAUAACGGGAUAUAUUUCAAGGGGGAGGGGUGACCAGGCCGCGCGGGAAGUUGGUCCAGCGUGGAAAUAUAUUUAGAUGCAUGAUGUCCUGUACCAGUUAGAUGUUCAGGCUCAUAAAAGCGAUUCAAGACACGAGGAAUGUGCCUCCUGCAUUUCCUGGGAGUGAGGCUCGGCCAGAGCGCAUGUGUCUGAAGAAGGAUGCUGAGGGUAGGUUUAGGUAUCACUUCACCCUCUCCUCAAACUCCCUACACAAAAAGAUUCCCGAAGCACCUUUGAGACAGUCUAACAGUGAACAUGUUGUAUAAUUCGCUGCUGCCAAGUUGCAAGCUAUGCUAGUUAGUGCCCAUGGGGGCGGGUCUAAUUUUCAAGACGAUAACAACAUGAGAAUAGGGAUUUCGACAGAGCCAUUUCGACCAGAUUUGCCCGACCCGACUCGAGCUCCUCCGCCACUAAAAAAGAAUAUGAUGAAGACAGUUGGAAUCAAUAAAGAAGCUCGUGUUGCAGCGAUGAAAAUGGCUGGCCAAGAAAUACUCAAAAUCCGACAGCGCCUUGUAUCAACCCCGAAUGCAUAUGGACUCUGAUAUAUCACAGACGCCUACCUGAGGGUCUCCUACAGCGCAUGGUACGCGAUCUCAUUCUCCCGCGGCCUAACGAUCAACCAAUCAGUAAUCUUGCGGCUCAGACGGACACUCGUCUCAUCCACCCCCCUCCAGAACAGGUCCGAGGCCAGGAGGCACACGACGGCCGUGAGGACCCACGUGAGCGCAAAGGCGGAGCUGAUGUCCCACCCGCACGAGGCGGUCAGGAAGACGAGGGCGUGGGCGCUCAGGAUGUUGAGCAGGCCGUAGUGCAGCAGGUAGAAGGAGAAGCUGAUCUCGCCGAAGUAGCGGAAGGGCGUGGUGCUCAGCAGCCACUGGGCGGGGGGCAGGGCCUCGAGCGAGGCGAGCACCAUGAGGGCGCCGACGCUCGCGUACAGGAAGUCGAUGUCGGUGCCGACGUAGUGCGAGGGGGUGAAGACGGCGUGGAUGGUGGCGUAGGGCUGCAUGGUCCCCUCCUCGGCGCCGUCGGGCCAGGCGCACACGACGACGGACGG